CUAAACCGGCAGUCGAUGCGGUAGAACGUGAUGUAAAGAAAUGCUCAUUAAAAUCCCAAGGUUGCUACUUUGAUUCGAGAUUCUAAAGUAAACAAACAUAGUUGAACAAUCAUACUAAUUAUUGAGAUGUAUUUUUGAAGAAAGUAAAAAAAAGCUGAUGAGAGUUAGUACUAUGAUUGUCUAUAUUUUGCACCCAAACCUGUUUGGAGAGGUACCUACCACAAGGAAUGGAAACUAGUAUAUAAUAUACAGAGUGUACCACAAAGCAAAGUAUACUUUUUGAAUGAAAUCUGGAUUCUCAGCCCAUUUCUAUCUAUACUGGGAAUAGUUGAAGUAGGACUAUGGAACAGAAAUUGCAUUUCUAUUGAAUAAAGUUGAAAUGGCAGACACUGAACUCCAACAAUUAAUUGCUCAUCAACAACAAAACGGUCCAGUCAACGCACCACCGACCCUUCUAGAAUUGCUCUUCCAAAACAAUCCGCACACCCUCAACAAUGCUCUUAAUCAAGCAAACGAAGAAGAUUUUACUCGUAAACACAACCACACCAUCGGCCAAAGAAACAUCCUAACCAUAGCUUGUAUAGACCCUCAAAUCUCCGUAGAAACUUUCGAAUGCUUAUUCGAAUACGUAACAAGGAAUUUCGCCCAUUUAGAUUUCACAGAACAACAUUGGUAUUAUUGGGAACCCAUACACUUUGCAGCGUUUCACACCAAUGCCAGAAAACUAGCCGUUAUAGUGAAACUAGUAGGCAGACUAAAUGUUUUGUCGAUUUUAUCAGAAAACGCUUUACACGUGCUUCUGGAGUACGGUCAACGUACCGAAUCGUUCAAUGUUCAAUUAUCCAAUAGCUGGGAAAGCAGAAUUUGUCAUGUACUUGCAGAAGAAAGACCUGAAGUUGUUGAAUGUGCCAGGAUAUUGAUACAAGCAGGUAUUGAUGUCAAUCAUAAUAAUAUUUGGAACGAAACUCCUCUAAUUAUAGCGAUACGGUAUAGAUUGUUAGGAGUAAUCGAGUUGAUAUUGGAAAAACGAGACGUGGAUUUGGAUAGUUGUAAAGACAAAUAUUCGGAUAAGUCUGCCAGAGAUUUGCUGAGGGAAAAUGAGAUUUGUUUGAAAUUGCUCACGCCCAAUACCAUUACUGUGCCUUCUGCUAAACUGUUGUUCACUUAUUUGAAGAAUGGGGACGAGAAUAUGUUUUUGAGAUACAAUAACGAAAACAUCAGACAAUUCGUCAAUCAAACGGACGGACAAAAUGCAAAUCACACCAGCAGCGGUACCAUGUUACAACUUUGCCUCAUCAAAGGUUACAUUGAUUACAAAAAAUCCAACCCUAACAACGAGGAUCCGGCCGAUACGGACAUUCUAAAAACCUCAAUCCUAAGGUUUUUUUGUCGAAACGGUUUCGGACGUAGCAUCGAACAUUUGUUGAACAACGGGGCCGAUGUUACUACACGCAAACUAGGAAACCAAGAUGUUUUUCAAAUGACAGUCAAACUAAGCUAUUAUCCAUUUUUAACGAUUUUACUUGAACACAGAUCCAAUCAGAUAACCAAAGAGCACAUUAGAGAUGUACUUAAUAAUAUAAACAGGGCAUCGUUUGAAAUGCAAAAUUGCAACACCAGGCACGUUUUAUUUUUGCUUAUAAGCAAACUAGAAACGUUUUAUCUGGAAACAACACAAGAUUUUAUAGAUUUUGAUAUGCGAAUUGUCUUAAAUAAAAUUUUGGAUUUUUAUUUGGAUUUUAAUGGGCCAGGUGAUGAGUAUCAAAGUAAUAUUUGUCAAAUAUUAAGAAUGGGUGCCUCAUUAACUGGUAGAUUAUAUGAACUACCUGAAAAUGCUUCUAGAUUAAGGAAAAUUUCUUAUAAUACUUUACAAUUGCAUUUGGAUGAGUGCAUUAAACCUAAUAACGAUGUUUGUUUUAAUAGUAUUAUAUCUGAUAAUGGUAAUAAUAAUGGAUAUUCUGAAACUGAAUUUUUGCAUGAUUUAAGUCACGAUUCUAAAAAACGCGAAUUAUUAAACCAUCCAGCUUUAGUCUAUCUUAUUUAUGCCAAAUGGGUUAAGAGCAGUAAGUUUUUUUAUUUGAAUUUUAUUUUAUAUUCGUUGUUUUUAUUGUUUUUGUACUGGUAUAUGAUUUUAUUACAAAUAAAUUAUCAAUUAAUCAAGCCUGUAUUUGUAAUUUUCUUGAUUCUAUUGAUUUUGAUUGUUAUAAAAGAAAUCGUGCAAGGGUGUAAGUUUGGCCUAAAGUAUUUUUGGGAUGUUUCAAAUUAUUUGGAGUUUACUAUUAUAGUUUGUUGUAUUAUAAGUCUUUUUACGAAAAACGAAAUAGCUAUGAUAAUAGCUAUAUUAUUAUCUAGCUUGAUAUUUUUGUUAAUGUUAGGACAAGUGCCUACUUUUACUAAGUACAUGAUUAUUUUUAGUUCCACAAAAUAUUUUCUUCAAUAUGCUUUAUUUUAUUUUAUACAAUUUGUUUCGUUUGCUUUAUGUUUUCUUAUAUUAUUGCCUCCUGAAGAGAAUACCAACCCUAAUGCUUUAGCUGUAUUAGGCGACAUAAUGCUUAAGCUUUUUGAUACUCUAAUAUUUUUCAUAGGGCAAUACGAUGGCGAUAUAACUGCCCCUCCAAAAUUUCCCAUUUUUGGCCGAGUAAUUGUUGCUGUAUUUAUUUUUUGUAUGACAAUUAUUUUAAACAAUUUACUUGUCGGUUUAAUUGUAACCGACAUGGAUAAAAUACAAAAGUUCAGCAAAGAACAACGUCAAGUAAAAAUGAUUCGUUAUGUUAAUAGAAUAGAGGAGUUUCUUAAAACAAAAAUGAUUAAAACAAUUUUUGGGGACACAAAAGUUUUUAGUCCCAAAGAGCAUAAAAUUAUUAAAGAUAUAAGCGAAAAUUUGAAGAUGUUUGACGAAGACGAUAAGGAGAGAUUGAAGGAAAUUCACGAUACACGAUUACAAGAGAAAAAUGUUCUAAGGAAUUUGUAUGAGUACAUAAUUGGGGAGAUUUAUGAUGAUAAGACUAGUGUGAGUAAUAAUAGAGACAUUUUAAUUAAAUUAGCUAGAUUGGAAGAUCAAUUGAGAAGAGGUAGACCUAGAUAAAAACAACAAUAAUAAUUCUAGAAUAAUUGUUCUCAACUUCAAAGAAUUUCUUUGAAAAUCGAUUUGAGAAUUUCCUUCAAUUUAGUUUGUACUCAAUCAAGCUGUAAAUAGUGAUUUUAAUUAAUAAAAACCUUUCCUAUCCAUCA